ACUUCCGUUUCUAUAGAGAGUCAAUGCAGCAGCAGUCAUUUUGAGAUUGGUUUCUUUUAAAGAUUUUAAGCUUUUUAAUUUAGGAUCAUGUUAUUAAACCACCUACUCUUAUUACUUAUUUUUCUUCUGACCUUCAAAACAGGGUUCAGUGCUGAGAUCUCUGUGUUUGUUCAGAUGGGGGAUUCUGUUCAACUGGAAAUACAGACACAAGAACUACCAGAGUUUGAUGAUUUAUCAUGGAAAAAUGAAAAAAACAUUAAUAUAGUUAAAUAUUUUAAUAAAACUAAAGAAGUUAGACCUCACUCUUCCUACAGGGACAGAGUGGAUUUCAAUGAUAAAACCUUCUCUCUGACAAUGAAGAACAUGCAGAAGACAGACAGUGGACUCUACACAGCAAAAACAAGUGGAGAAUCAGAAAACACUAUUAUUACAUACAGAGUGUCUGUUAUAGAUGCUGUGGAGGCUCCUGUCCUGACUGUGAUCUCAAACCGGUCCAGCAGUGAUUCCUGUGCUGUGAACUUCACAUGCAGAACUCAUGAGCUCAAGAUUGACUCUAGCUAUCAGAACAACAGAUGCUCUCCACAGGAAGUGACAUCACAGAUCAACACUCUCAUUCUGGACUGCAGGGAGGAAUCCAUCAUCUGUAACCACAGCAACCCUGUCAGCUGGAAAGAAGACAGAAUAAACAUCACACAGUUCUGUGCCUAUAAUAUAAAGAACAACUCAAAGAAUGUCCAGACUUCUUCAUCUCUCCUGGGGCUAGUAGUUGCUUCAGUGGCAGUGUCAAUGAUCAUUUUGAUAGGUCUUUAAGUCUUUCUGUACUGCAAGUGUAAAAAAGGUUCAAGCCCAGACACAAAAGGAAACUGGAGAUAAUCUACUCAACACAACCAACAGCACAGGAAAACAACCAAAUAACAAAAUCACCUCUGAAAUAGACUGUACAAUUUAUUCAGAGGUGUGCAAACCA